AUGGACGCUUACGAGAAGCGGCCGACCGUCUACGUCCUGGGCAACAGCGACUCCGACCCCACCGGCGUCGUUCGCGAGUUCCUUCCACCUGUCUCCAGGACGCGCGGCGGCUGCCUGCUGAGGGUCUGGGACUACUUCAGGGAGUUCUGCGGAAGCACCAGCCUGCACGGCCUCAAGUACGUGGGGGAGCCGGAAAAACCGCACGCUCAAAGGUGGGCGUGGCCCCCUUUUGUUGGCAGAGUGUGCUGGGUGCUGACCUUCCUGCUGAGCCUCUCCGUGUGCUGCGUCUUCAUCUGGCAGGCCAAGCACAAGUGGGACACGACGCCCGUCAUCGUCACCUUCGCAGAGUCCUCCUACCCGGUCAGCAAGCUGCCCUUCCCCGCCGUCACCAUGUGCGGCGAGGCCAAAAUCAACCACGUUCUCUUCUCCUACCAGCAGAUGUAUGAACGAAGGGACAACAUCACCGAAGAACAGAUGAAGCAGAUCCAGUAUGCCGCACUUGUCUGCGACGAGGACGUGGAAGUACAGGCUAACGAUACUACAGAUGACAGUGCUAUUGACUUCCUUCUUGAGGUGGCUCCUAGCCUCUGGGACACUGUACGUCGCUGCCGGUGGCAGUCCAAGGACAUCUCGUGUGGCGAGCUUUUCGACACGAUCAUCACAGACGAGGGCGUCUGCUACACGUUCAACGGCAUCGAGUACGAGGACUUCUUCACGGAGAAUGCGUACAGGAACUCGAGCGCCCGCAGGUCCCGCAGCCGCGCCGUCAGGCGCUGGUCGGUGGACGACGGAUACGUCACCGGUAACGACGAGGGCAGCGACGAGGCCGGCGACGACGAGGCGGUGUACCCCAGGCGUACCAGCGCCGCGGGCGCCAUGGCCGGGCUCGACUUCAUCCUCACCACCGACGAGCAAGACGUCGACGCCUCCUGCCGCUGGCCCGUCCAGGGCUUCAAGAUGCUGCUGCACAACCCAGUGGCGUUCCCCGACAUGAGCUCGCAGUUCUUCCGCGUGCCCGUGGAUCGUGACCUGGUGGUCACCGUGCGGCCGGCCGUCAUGAUGACCUCGGAGAGCCUGGUGGACUACCCGCCGGAGCGCCGGCGCUGCUACUUCACGAGGGAGCGCAGCCUCUACUUCUUCCGUUACUACAGCGAGGAGAACUGCCGGGCGGAGUGCCUGGUCAACUACACGGUCCGUGAGUGCGGCUGCUCCGCCUACUACAUGCCCAGAGAGAAGGAGGUGCCGAUCUGCGGAGGUUCAAAAAUGCCCUGCGUAAAGGAAGCGCAAAGUAGGUUCUACGGUGACACUAAAAACCUCACAGCUUGCCAGUGUCUACCGGGCUGCGUUGAGAUAAACUACAACAUUGAGACCUCACAGUCUCAAAUUUUAUGGAGGAAGUACCUGGAUUUCAACCCUGACGCGAUGCAAUAUUUUCAGAACUUCACUUUCGGAAGGGUGGUGAUAUAUUAUCAAAACAGCCAGUUCAUCCCCAGUUUUCGCACUGAGCUCUAUGGGUUUACCAGUUUCUUAGCCAACUGCGGCGGGCUGCUGGGCCUCUUCCUGGGCUUCAGCGUGCUCAGCCUGGUGGAGUGCCUCUACUUCCUGACCGCCAGGGCCUACCUGCACUUCCGCUGACUGCCGCCGCUGCCACUGCUGCUGCUGACGUCAUCGGUGACGCUCCACUGCCCACUGCCGGGUGCUAGAAACUCUUCCCGCGACAGUUGCUCAUCUCACAGUGUACCUAGAAUUUUAUAUUUUGUCAUCUUGAGGAUGAAGCGUCUCUGCUUACAAGUAAGAGUCGUUCCCAGAAAGUAAUGCACUGCAUUUUUUCUUCAACAAUUCUUAAUUGAACGUAAUGAGAAUUUCACACACGAAAGAAUGGUGCUUUAUCUACACACCCUAUUUUUACACGUAAUCUCCAUGCCGUUCUGUGACUUUCCUCCUGUCGGUACUAAUCGUUGUCCUGGUGGCGGAGCCAGUGUUUCAAUGUGUGAAUCACCUCCUCGUCGUCCUCAAAAUGUCUUCCACUUAUGGCAUCCUUUAAUGGCCCAAACAAGUGGAAGUCCGAGAGUGCUGGGUCAGGGCUGUAGGGUGAAUGGGGUAACAAUGUCCAACUCCGUUUUGCAAUAUGUUCGGCAGCCCUCAGACUUGUGUGGGAACGAGCGUUAUCGU